ACCUCACAGCUACAGCAGACGCACCCAGCCACAACUUUUCAAACCGAGUUCCCCCCGUGCCAAACAGCACUGUGCUCCGCUACUCAUCGCCUGGCGCAGUGCCGCAACGACCUGCUUCGACCACCAGAGGGCGACCAGGUGGUCCCCUCCUUCCAGAGGCUGACGGUGCUGGAGGGACACCGCCAGCGGCCCAAGCCCCUGCCCCCCCCGCCCGACCCGGAGGAGCUCAUGGCGGACGAGGCGGCGGACAGCGAGGUGGAGUUCUUCACCAGCGACCAGCGCAGCCUCCUGCCCAAGAGCUCCGGCGGCAAGGCGCCGUGUUUCCGGGCCACCAGCAGGGGGAGCUACGGCGGCUUCGGCCAGGUGAACUAUGCCUACCAGGGGGUCACGUCGGCGGCGGCGGCGGUGCCGGCGGCGGGCGGAGAGGGCGGAACCGUCGCGGCGUCGCAACGUUGGUCCGCCGUCGGAGCCGACGCAGGGGCCACCAGCUGGCCACCGGCCGGAGAUCUACGGUAUGGUAACCGCGGGCAACCCCUCCUCCAGAGGGGGGAGGGCUACGAGCAGAUGGCGCCCAGAGCACGGAGGGCCGCGUCCUCGUCCAGGAACCCCGCCGACGCCCCGCCCCCCUCCGGCCUGCGGUACUCGUACCCGGGACCGGCCUACCGCACCGAGGGCCCAGGAAGCCCCGCACGGCCGCCGGCCCCCCAGGACAAGCCCGUCGUCCCGCCGCGGGCCCCCAUCCCCCCGCCCAAGUCCUCGGCCCUCCACCCAAGAACCCUGAGGGGCGACACCUCCGUGGCCCAGGGUCGGCAAGAGGAGGACCGGCCGCCCAAGGUGCCUCCAAGGCUCCCCCUGGUGGCCACGUACCCUCCCCGCACCCCCAGCCCCAAGAGCCUCCCCAUCUACAUCAACGGGGUGAUGCCCGCCACGCAGAGCUUCGCCCCCAACCCCAAGUACGUCCGCAGGGGGCCGUUGCCCCGGCAACAGAGAGCACGGGCGCCCCCUGCUGACCAGAACGCGCCCUGCAUCGUGCCCGUCAUGAAGGACGGACGCCAGGCCAGCGCCACGCACUACUUCCUGCUGCCGCGACCGGCCUAUCAGGAGCGGCUGCAGAGGAUCCUCGGCCAACCGGAGAGGGCGGAUCAUGGCGCGGGGGCGUGGCCCACACCGGACAUGAAUGAUCCGAAGAGAUAAUAAAAUGAAAAACUCACAACUACUGUCUUUGUUGGGACCUCACGAGUCUGAAUGCUGUUCAGGGACUACAACUAUGGAAGCCCACCGUGGGAUGUUCUUUGGCAUCUGUGGCGUACAGUACAAGGGUAGAGGCAGCCCAAGACGCCACCUUGUUUGGACAUGGGACACGGGGACAUAUGAGGGCCCCCCCAACAAGUGUGUGCAUUGCACAAGCCGUCCAUUCCUCUUCAGUGAAUUGAUAGUUGGCUAUGAUUACUUAUUAUUUAUUACUGAACAGAUUGAGUGUAACGUGUGAACAACUCAUCGUCGGUGGGUCGUGUGUUCAAAGGACUGGUUUGGUCGGUCUUCAGUAUUACGGAUUCUGGACCUUCGCAGACAGACUGAAAUGGUUGAGACUAAAAGGGCUCCACUUAGUGCAUGGAAGGUUAUGAUUACGACACCAGAUGGGGAAAUGACGUUGGACAAGCUGUGCUUGGACACAAUAACCCUUGACAUGUGAUUUGUUUUUGUACUGAUACUUGAAAUCUUCACUUUGAGAUUGGAUGAUUUAAAAGACUGACUGAUUUAUUUAGCUAUUAAAAAUGGGAAACUGGGAAUGAAUUAACAAUAUGAAGCUACAACAUAUGCUGACAACUAAGACCUAAUCAAAUUUUGGGGAGAUUUUUAACUACUUUUAAUUGUAAAAACAAUACAUUUUUAUCAAUUUCCAGAGUGUAAUUAAUGUUAAAUCUAAAGGCACUUAACGAUACCCUGGAAGUUAUGUGAGAGUAGUGAUCCUAUUUUUCUAUGUAUAUUACAUGUUAUUUAAUGGACUGAACACAAGUUGGAUGGUUAGAUUUCAUAUGCUGCAUUUGUUGGUCAUUCUGUUGUAUCCUGAAUGCAAGUGUAUCAAAACGCCAUGUUUCGUGAACAUGGGAGGCUGUUAUUUAAUUGUUACACGUUGUUUCUUUCUCCACAUGCCAUUCACCUUCUAAUUUAUUCAUGUCACCAAAUAACCAUGACAUCAGACACGUCUAUGCUACUGGCAGUGAUUCCGUUAGAGGCCAUGUUGUGUUAGCAUAGCAUGCUAAGAUCCUUGUUUACAUUGUUACAUCAGUUGCUUAGUUCUUGUAGAUUGUUUUUGUAUAAAUGUUAGGCGAAGGCCUAAUGUAUGCAUGUUGUGCUAAUUUCAGAAUGAGAGGUCUUGGAAAGGAUAAUGGAAUUUGAAGUGAUCUAUUUAUAAAAUUAAAAUAACUUAAAUUAUGA